CAAGUCGUGAGCGAAGGCGGAGCAGAGAACGAGACAGCGACAAGCGACGUUGCGUCACAGCGACAGGCAGACAGGAGGAAGCGUCGCGAAACGCGACCCCGGUCACGUCCUCUCCGGUGGAUAGGGAUCUCCGGCCUCGUGCUCCUGCCCAGCACCCCACCCCACCCCCGCCCCACCGCAGCGCGCGCAUUACGAGCCGGAUCCGGAGCUCCCAAACCCUCGCCCUCCUCGCUCGCUCGCCGCGCUCCGAUCGCGCCCCGGCCCCGCGGGGAGGAGAGAGAGAGAGCAGGGGCCCCAGGGCCCUGUCGCGCGGCGACCCCGUGGCGUUCCUGCGGGGCUGCUUCUCGUUCGGGUCGGCGGGGCGGAGGAGGCCCAAGGCCUCGCCCCUUCCCUCCCCGCCGCGCUUGUCCCCCGCGGCGGCUGCAGCGGCAGCGGACGACGCGGGCAAGAUGAAGGGCCUCUUCAAGUCGAAGCCGCGGACGCCAGCCGACGUCGUGCGGCUGACGCGCGAGCUCCUCAUCUUCGUCGACCUCCACUCCGGCUCCCGGGGCGCUGACGCCAAGCGCGAGGAGAAGAUGGCAGAGUUAGGCAAGAAUAUCAGGGAACUGAAAUCUAUUCUUUAUGGGAACGGUGAAUCAGAGCCUGUAACUGAAGCUUGUGUGCAACUGACCCAAGAAUUCUUCAGGGAGAACACUUUACGACUGUUAAUUAUAUGUCUUCCAAAACUGAAUUUGGAGACCAGGAAAGAUGCUACUCAAGUUGUUGCAAACUUGCAAAGACAGCAAGUAUCCUCAAAGAUAGUUGCAUCUGAGUACCUUGAGUCAAAUAAAGAUCUCUUGGACAUCUUAAUUUCUGGGUAUGAGAAUAUGGACAUUGCUUUACAUUAUGGUGCUAUGUUAAGGGAAUGUAUUCGCCACCAAAGCAUUGCAAGAUAUGUUCUAGAGUCUGAACACAUGAAGAAGUUCUUCGACUAUAUACAGCUUCCAAAUUUUGACAUAGCUUCUGAUGCUUCUGCUACCUUUAAGGAACUACUGACGAGGCAUAAAGCAACCGUGGCUGAAUUUCUUUCCAAUAAUUUUGAUUGGUUCUUUGAAGAAUUCAACUCUGGGUUGUUAUCAUCACCCAACUACAUAACAAAAAGGCAAGCUAUCAAGCUGUUGGGAGACAUGCUGCUGGAUAGAUCAAAUUCUGCAGUCAUGAUGCGCUAUGUUAGUUCAAAGGAUAAUCUUAUGAUUCUGAUGAAUCUAUUAAGGGAUUCAAGUAAAAAUAUUCAAAUUGAGGCGUUUCACGUGUUUAAGCUGUUUGCUGCGAAUAAAAACAAAUCGGCUGAGGUUGUAAACAUACUAGUCACAAAUAGAAGCAAGCUUCUUCGGUUUUUUGCUGGAUUCAAGAUUGACAAAGAGGAUGAGCAGUUUGAGGCAGACAAGGAGCAGGUCAUAAAAGAAAUAUCGGCACUUUGAGUAUCUGUGAGGAUGUAAUUAGUCACUGAUGAUUUUUCUUUUGUUAAGAAAGUGCAUGUGUAAUAAUAAACCUCUGUGUGUUAUUUUGUUGGAUUUAGCGCAACAAUAUGACUCAGGUUGGAUGCUGCCAUGGAGAUGUGAUAAUUUCUAUAGGUUGUAUGGUUCUUACCCUUU